AUGAAUAAAGCAAAUAGCUAUGGAGUGAAAUGUAUUCUCUUAACCAUUAUGUGUAUAAUGUGUUUAACUGAAAUUAAGCUCUAUAUACAGGCAGCAAAAUUGCCUGUAUUAAAUGAGCUGCAGGAGGAUACAGUAGAGUGCACAGAAGGGGAUGAAAAAAACACAGUGUUUGAUAGUAUGAAGACAAAAGAAGCAGCAGUAGAUAGUUUAAGAACGGCUGAAAUGCCUAAGACAGAUAAUACAGCUAUAAACUCAGAAAGUGUGGAAGUAUGCCAGGAAAAAAAUACAUUAGAAUCUAAGAGUAUAGGGGAGGAUCUAGUAAAGGAAAAAAGUGUCUCUGCGCUAGAUUCAAAUGUGCAAGAAAGAAAGAGCGAUGUUCACACAAUGGAAAACACUAUAAGUAUACCAAAUGCAGAGUUGAGUGAUAUCCUACAUGUAGAUAGUGCCUCUAUGUUGCAAACUGCUCCUGUAACGGAUAGACAUAAGAGUUCUUCUUUUGCAUUAGAAGAAGCCAAAGAGCUAGUACAUUCAGACCCAGAAGUAGGUACAGCUAAGAAAGUGUAUCAGAAUAUGUCAGAGCUACUUGAAGAUAUGGAUAACGCAGCCAAGUUAGCCUACAAUAUCUUUCUAGAAGAUAAAAAUAAGCUUCGGAAUAUUAAAAAAGAGUAUAAAGAUACUUUGUCUGUAGCUGAUUCAUAUAUAAUUGAAGGAAAGCUUCUAGACAAUAUAAUUUAUGAUUACUAUAAUCAUAAUAACACGAAAGAGAUUAAGAUAAACAGCGAGGAAGACAAAGAUUUCGAUAUAUACAUAGAAAACGUUAAUUACCUGUCUUCAGAGAUACAAAAACUAGAGGAAAUACAAAAAAAAGAAAAAAAUAUAUACUCAAAAGAUCUUGUUUUCAUGGAGAAACUAAAGGAAUCAAAGGAAGAAAGAGAUAGCUCAAGAGAUGACUUCCUUUCAUAUUAUUCACAUUUAAUAGGGAUAGAGAAACAGCUACUUUCUGUUAUAGGGUACACUUCAAAAAUUUAUAGAAAUAUAUAUGACAAGGAGAAAUAUCUAUGUCUAAUUAGAGGCAAAGAAAUAGAGUAUUUAAAAAAUAACGCAGAAGAGAAAGAAAGAGAGUCUGAAGAGAAAAUAAAGCAGAUAGAAGAGCUAAUAGAGUUAUAUAAAAAGUACAUGCUGUGGGUAAACAAGAUGACUAAUAUGCUAGAUGUUAUGCAUAGCAUCCAGGAUGAUGUUCUAUCUCAGACAACUAAAGUAUAUAAUGCCUAUAAAGAAUACGAUGAAGAAAAAGGUAUGUUGGAAAGAAAGAAAAUAGCUGAAGGCAUAUAA